CCCUGACCGGGCGUCCGCGUAGUCCCGGAAAGGUCCUCCCGGUGCCGUUUUAUUUCCAGAGGAACGCCAGAACUGAGGGACGUGGCCGAGAUGGCCCGUGGACGUCUUCGCCGGAAUGGCUGUCAGUCCAGGAAGUGAUGCAGAUCUCCUCAGUCAGAAAUCAUCGCUUUCAGAGAGUCCUCGAAUAAAGAAAUUUCCACCAACUGAAGAGGAGAUAUUUUAUAUGAAUUGUAGAGCUGCCUACUUAACUGUCUUUAAAAGUAGCUUAGAAAAUAUUAUUUCUAAAGAUCAACUUUGCCUAGCUCUUCAGUAUGCAGGAAGAAAUCCAUCCCAAAAGACCAUUAAUAAGUAUUGGACUCCUCAAACUACCAAACUGAAUUUUGAUGAUUUUUGUAUAAUUGUAAGGAAGGAAAAACCUACUUCAAAAGCAGAACUGCUGAAAUCAUUUAAGCAAUUAGAUAUAAAUGACAAUGGCUCUAUUUUACACACUGACCUUUAUGCAUUUCUAACAAAGAGAGGUGAGAAGAUGACUCAAGAAGAAGUAAAUGCCAUAAUAAAUUUGGACGAUGUAAAUUCUGAUGGCAAAUUUGACUACAUCAAGUUUUGUAAAUUAUAUAUGACAACCAAUGAGCAAUGUCUCAAGACUAUACUAGAAAAACUGGAGGUUGACGGUAAACUGAGACGUCAGCAGUUUGGAAGCCACACUGAAGAAUUCCUUGAAAGGGACUCAUCACCAGGACCAAAACCAUCACCAAGAACCAUUAAGAAAAUUGAUCAGGAAACAUUCUCAAAUAAAGGUAACACCGGGAGUUCUUUACUGUCAACAACAAGAAAGUUCAAAACAUCUGUUUCCUUCAUAAUUACUGUGGGUGCUAACAGUAGCCGAAACUCAAAGUUUACUGAACCAGACUUCAUAAAGGAGUGGCAAUGCAUACAGUCAAAAGGCUGCUUCUUCUUAGAAGAAGAUGGUGAAAUCAUUAGUCAUCAAUACAGGAUGCAAAUAGCUCAGAAGUCCAUGGUUUAUCUGACAAUUAAGCCGUUAAACUUAAGUCAAGUCGAAGGAAAGCCAUCUCCUUGGUUAUCAGUUGAUACCACCUUGUAUAUUCUUAAGGAAAAUGAAAGUCAAGCAAAUCUACAGAUCGUGUGUUUUACCGAACUACGAAAUAGAGAAGUGUUUGGAUGGACUGGUGAACUAGGACCUGGAAUUUACUGGUUAAUCCCUUCCACAACUGGCUGUAGGCUGAGGAAAGAAAUAAAACCAGUAACAGAAGAAGCCCAACUUGUAUAUAGAGAUGAAUCAGGGGAAUUAUUUCUUACAAAUGAAUUUAGGUCUACUUUAUCGGAUAUAUUUGAAGUAAUUGAUUUAGAUGGAAAUGGUCUUCUUAGCCUUGAAGAAUAUAAUUUUUUUGAAUUGAGAACAAGUGGUGAAAAAUGUGAUGAAGAUGCUUGGGCUGUCUGUAGAGAGAGUUUUGAUACAAAGAAGAAUGAACUCACAAGACAAGGAUUUAUGGAUUUGAAUCUAAUGGAAGUCAAUGAUCGAGAAGGAGAUCCUUGCGACCUUUGGGUAACUCUACACUCAAUGGGCUACAAUAAAGCUCUGGAAUUGACAGAGGCAUGUCCAUUUGUCAUCGAUAUCUAUGCAGAAAAAUGCAAGCCAAGAAUUAAAGCUGUCCAUAUGGAGGCAUGUAGCGGACAACUUGAGAAGGCCAUUUGUAAAUCUGUUCUUAACAAGGGUGAUGCCAAAGCAAUGAAUGGCUAUGAAAACAUAAUCAUACAUACUUAUAAUUGUGACACCUGGAUAACAUCAGUGAUUGAGAACAAGUCAGAUGAUAAGGUGAUUAUUCACAUCAACAACGAGCUAAGUAAAAACUGCGUAAACAACAGAGGACUCAACAUAUUUGCAGUAGAAGUGGCACCCAAAUCUACAAUGGUUUGUCAACAUGUAAUGCCUCUGAAUGAACGACAAGAAUGGAUAUGUUAUUGUGUAUAUUCCCUUAUUUCUUAAAUGAUUCCACUUGGAACUGUCAAACUAAGAAGAAUUAUUUCAGAUUUAGUCUGUUCUUAUUGAUCAGCUAAAUGCUACUCAACAUGACAUGUGCCUAAAUAAUAAUCUAUUUAAUUAUGUGCAUUUGCAUUUUGUAUCCCUGUUACAUGCUUUAUUAUUAAAAUAUCAAU